AUGUAUAGUCGUGUCCCACCUAUAACCUCUGGUUUGAACAAAGAAACAAAAAGCUUAAAUGAGAUAAAUGCCGAAGAGAAUAAGGGAUCAAAAAACGAGGAAACUGAACCUGCCGCAAAUGCAGCAAAUAAGCCAAAGAAUGUCAGAUCGGAUCUUUGGAAUAAAUUUAAGACUUUGGAGAAAAAGACUGAUGAAGUUACCAAGAGAUCAGCAGAGAAAAGAAUAAAACAUCUACAGAAGAAUUUAAUGCAGAAAAUUCAAACAGAGAUAACAGAUGAGGGAGACAAAGAUAUUCUACGUCAACAUGAUGUGAAGUUUGGACCAGCUGUGAAGGAUGAUCCAUGUUCCUCAAGAAAGAGAAAGCACCCUGCAUGCGAAAAAGAACAAAAAGAUGAACCGCAGAACAGUGAAUGGAAGAGCAUUAAAGGAUUUCUGAAUGUUAAUGACCAUCUUAAAAGCACAGAUCCUGGAAAAUAUGGACCUAAGUGUUCAUUAGAACAAAAAAUUGAUGAAUCCAUUAAAGAAGGCGACUUUAAAACAGCUGAGGAACUUAGUGAUUAUAUGUCAACCAGAGAGUUUGGAAAAAAGAUUGCAGAUGCUAUUGAUGCAAAAAAAUUUAGUCAGCAAUUAGAGGAGAAGAAAGAGUCAAACAAAGAAAAAAAGAAAAAGAAAUUACCAUGGGGGUUUGAGCAUAAACAAAGAUGGGAAACAAAAUCUGCGAUGUAGUUGGACCUCAGUUUACCUCAUAUGUGAUGUUCAUGUUUUUUAUUCUUUCAAUAAAAUUAUAUUGAUGCUUAAA